CGGGAGACCGGGGUUCGAUUCCCCGUCUGGGAGUAUUUUUUUCCAAUAUUUUAUACAUUUUUUUUUUAUCAAUAGUUAGAUAAAGAAAAUCAUAAAAUUAAUUACAAAUAUUAUUAGUUAGAUACAAAAUCAGACUAAAUUGAGUGUAAUUCAAGUUAAUUUUAAUUAAAUUAAUUAUAUAAAACGUCAAAAUGACACAUAACCUACAAAAUAUAAACAUUUUCCACAUUAACAUUUUUACAUAAACAUAAUUUACACUCUUUAUUUCAGCUAUUUAUUAUUAAAGAAAAUGGUAUGUUAUAUGCAAUAUCGAUGGACAUUAAAUCCUGUAAUUCCUAACGAUGAUGACAUAUCAAUAUGUGAGGAUAAUUAUUCAGUUAAAUCAAGAACAACGAUUAAAUCAGCUAAAUCUGGGGUUUCUUCUAGUCCUCCUAGUAAAACGAAAAUUAUCGAAGAAAAUAGGACUUUGAUGGUAAAUUCAGAUUGUCCGAUUCAAAUUUUGAUCGAUUAUCUCGCAACUGAAAUGGGGUUUGAUAAAACUCGUGGUUUCGAUUUUUGUAACUCGGACGGCGAUCUUAUAGGAAUUAAUGAUUUACAAAAAUGGGAAAACGCAAAAUAUAUCAUGCCUCCAGAUAAAACGUACAUAAUCGUUUUUACUGCACGCAACUCAUUUCACGAUUAUAUUGAUUUUGAUAUCUUUUUAAAAAAGGAUACCGACAUUUAUAACGAUUAUUACAAAAAGUUGCGGAAAUAUAUUUUGUAUAGUAAGCUUCAAUCUAAAAGUAGAAGUGCUCCACAGAAAUUUCUCAACUUUUCUGCAACUCAAACCACAUCAAGAGCUUUUAGUGCAAGAAAUUUAAAAUAAAUUCCAGUUUUACAAUAUUUAUACAAAUAUUUUCUUCAUUUAUAAAUAAAAAGAUGAUUGUGAU